CAAAGUAAUACCAAAUAAACAGUCAAAACGAAAAAGGCAACAAAUCUUAUAUAAGCCAUAUAAUUCGAGCAUAUCACGGGAAAUCAGAUGCAACUUAGCGGGAGUUUACCAAGUAUUUCUCUCUCGGAUUAAGAAUAUUAAUGGAAGCAACAGCUCAACAGGGUGUUGGGGAAGUCAGGAGGCUUCAUAUUGUCUACUUCAUUAGUCGAAAAGGUCGUAUCGAACACCCGCAUCUCAUUCGUGUUCAUCAUCUCUCUCGUGGUGGUGUUCGUUUGCGAGAUAUCAAGAGAUGGCUAUCGGAAUUGCGAGGAAAGGACAUGCCUGAAUCUUAUGCUUGGUCAUAUAAGAGGAGGUACAAGACAGGUUUUGUAUGGCAAGAUUUGCUGGAUGAAGAUCUGAUUACUCCUAUUGCAGAUAAUGAAUAUGUGCUCAAAGGAUCCGAAAUUCCCAGUGUCGACUCUGAUCUUGAGCUUGGUCAAUUUUGUGAUGGAAAAGAAGGCGUCAAACAGAAAGAGCAGCCCAAAUCUGAAGCUAAGUUUAAUGAUAGCAAAUCCUCUUCCCAAGCAAAGUCUCGAGAACAAGAAUCUCCAACUAGUAUGUUAACGAAACCUCUACUUGAAAUUGAAGAGCAAUCGUCCACGUUCAGCUCAGAUAGUUCCAUGUCUUUAACUGAUGAUUCACCGAAGUUUGAACACAAGAUUCAUUCGACUUUGAGGAAAGAAAGAGAAGAUCAUAUUUUCCCUGAUGAAGAAGCAAUACAAGAAGUUGAAAGAGAGGCUUUGGGUGAAAAAGCGCCUUUUAUUCCCAACUUGGCGAAUGAGAAUAAGAAGAUACCUACGAAGAAUUUUGGUAAAUCCAAGAAGGCUGAUCCCACACCCGAUCAAUCUUCCUCUUCAAAAUCAAAAUUUACCAGGAGUAGGAGUUACUCAAACAAUGCAUCAAAUAUAUUCCGAAACUUAUUGACUUGCGGGACAGUGGAUACAAAGGACUCGAGCAUGAUGGUGAUCAAACGGAAGAGUACUAGUAGCAAGCCAUCAAAAUUAGAUCUGUCGACUUACAAGGGGAAUCAAAAUAUGGCACAGAUUUGCAGAGGAGAUGUUGUUGGAGGGUCUGAAAGAAUUUCAAGAAAUUUUUGGCAUGAAACUCAAGAAAAUGAUCACAGGAAAAGUUGUGAUGGAGCCAGUCAUUCAAGACAGAAGAAGGAAAUGAAUAGUCAGAGACCAGUUCCUCCUGCAUAUAGGCCUAGAAAUGGCCCCAAUUGCUCACAAUGUGGGAAAACAUUCGACCCAAACCAGUUGCACAAACAUAUGAGUUCAUGCAGAGGAAUGAAAGCCUUAGCCAAGGCUGCUGCUGCAACAACUGCUGCAAAUACUUCUUCUUAUUCCCAUAGAAGAUCAACUGAUUCGCCUCGGCCUUCAAUUUUCAAGCCAUUGCUCGAUUAACAUAUAAAUAUUUUUCAGUAGAAAUAAUGCUCUAUUGUUUUUUCUUGUUAAAACAAAUAUCACUUUCUUUUUGCAUGCUAAGUUCGGUUAAAUUUUGCAAAUAAGAACAAAUAUUUGUGGAUAAAAGAUACUAAGAAAUUUUCAUUUUUUUCUA